CGCCAUCAGAAUUAGAAGACAGAAAAAGAAUGAUGAAAAUGAGAACUGGUACAACCACAGCAACCGUCGCCGGCCGCGGAGAAGGCCGCCAUGACUGGGAUCUCCGGUCGGGUGGGAUGAUGGUUCAGAGGCGGACUGAUCAGAGCUCCGGCGAGUCUCCGGUGAUUCGUGUUCGGGUCAAAUAUGGUUCGGUCUACCAUGAGAUCACCAUCAACUCUCAAGCUACCUUCGCGGAGUUGAAGAAGAUGCUGUCCGGUCGGACGGGGCUUCACCACCAGGACAUGAAGAUUCUAUACAAAGACAAAGAGAGAGACUCGAAGAUGUUUCUGGAUCUUUCAGGAGUCAAAGAUCGGUCAAAGCUGAUUCUUGAAGAAGAUCCAAUUUCUCAGGAGAAACGUCUCCUGGAGAUGAGGAAGAACGCCGCCAUUGAGAAAGCUUCAAAGUCAAUCGCGGACAUUAGCCUCGAAGUUGACAGACUCGCCGGACAGGUUUCGGCGUUCGAGACUGUGAUUAGCAAAGGAGGGAGAGUGGAGGAGAAGAGAUUGGUGAAUCUGAUCGAAAUUUUGAUGAACCAGUUGCUGAAACUCGACGCCGUUUCCGCAGAUGGAGACGUGAAAUCGAAGAGGAAAAUGCAGGUGAGAAGAAUCCAGAAGUACGUAGAAACACUCGACAUGUUGAAGAUCAAGAACUCUGCUCCUCCCGACAACCUCGUUCCAAAGAUCCGCAACGGAAACUUCGGAACUAAGAAAUCUGUCGGAAGCAAGCAUCAGGAACAAGAAGAACAAUCUUCGAAUUCGUCUGAGCAUAGGCACGAAUCCAAUGAGCAACAGAAACGAUACGAAGAAAGAGAUUUGUUAUGUUUCGACGGGGCGGAGGAGGAGCCGAGAUCGAAAACGUUUGAUUACACGGCUGCUUCCACCUCGGCCACGGCUCCGGCCGACGAAUCGGUCCCUCCUCGGUUCAAGUGGGAAUUCUUCGAUUAAAACCAUAUAUAUAUAUAUACACACACACAUACAUACGAUAUAUACAUAUAUAUUUUCAUUAUUUCUGCUGUGUAGUAUGAUUCAUAUAUAAAUUCUGUUCUAUCCUGAAAAAAAAAAUAUGUAUUUUCAUUUUCUCUAUAUACCGUGCUUGUAAAAAGUCAUAUAUAUUCAUAUAGGAUUCGGUAACAUGUAAUUCACGAAAUAAAAAUCUCA